UUUUAGUCUGUGGGUCACCAUUUAGGAUCAAAAGACAAAAGUACUCCCAGAUCGAGAAAAACACAAUUCACUUGACUUUAAAUGACAAAGAUAAUCUGAGAGGACAAGUGGAGAAAGACGAAUACUAUUGCUUCCUCAGAUCAGUAGCCAUGCUAACUGGAGAGUGGAGAUUGCUUCCAUUGCCACAUGGCAGGUCACUGGGCUAGAGACUGUCCUCUUAAAACCCCGACCAAGCCCACCACCAUCGUCGCUUCUCCGCCGGUCAUACACUGCCCCUGCGACGGCGGCGCUUGCCUAGUUUUGACCUCUAAAACUGAGAAAAAUCCUAACAGAAGAUUCUACACAUGCUCAGCCGUCCCAAGCUGCGGAUUUUUCAAACGGUGUGACCAAGUGAGUAUCAAAUCGGACCCGAUCUCCGUCAACCCUACUUGCUCUUGUGGCUCUGGUCCCUGUAGAAGAGUAACAGUCAUCGACGGACCAAACGCUCACCGUUCAUACUUUGUUUGCUGCAUUAAGAAGCUUGUGGAUUCUUUCAAUGGGAAGAAGAAGCUCAAAUUGCAUUGUUUUUCUGAGUUUGAUUCUGCCGACGGUGAGAAAUUACUACCUGAAACUGAUUUGAAUUCGUAUUCUAAUGUAAAAACCAGCAGGCUUGGAAUGGUUUUAACUAAUGAGUUUACUUUUUCUAUAUCUGUUGAGAAAGAGCAAGGAAACAAAGUUUUUGUUGAUGGAAUUGCACAGCCUUUGAAAGAUUAUGCAGAAACUUUAGGAGAGGAAUCAAUUUAUUCCAGGUUCAACAAUCUUGAUUUGGUUUCCAAUGGCGUAUUUUCCUCUGAAGAUGGUAGGAACCAAGUUUAUAAAGAAGCGGUUCACUUUGAGACGGAAAAGCAGGUGCUCUCUUCAAUUGCAUCUAAACAUAUUGAAUCUCAAGUGGAGUCUUUUUAUAAUGAUCACCUAACUAAUAGUGAUAUUUUGAAGUUUGGUGUGAAGAGAGUUAUGCAUUUGAAGUGACUGAAGCAACGCAUGUUUUGAGCGAGACCGGUUCAUGGCAUUAACAAACUUGAGCAUCAAUCUAUUACAUGUGGUGAAAUCGCGGACUCAUUUCGAGGAAGUCCCUCCUUGAUGGACCUCAUUGAGCAGUAUAACUUGGAGAAGAUCCAUUUCGAGAGUGUUUCUAUCGAACAUGGUGAUGCGUUGACUGCUUUUACGGGUUCAUACAAGCAAUUAGAGUCAUCUCGUGAUAUAGAAAACAGUCUCAGGAGACAGCUGUUUGAAGUAGAGAAAUAGGUGAAGCUUUUCGAGGCUGAGACCUCAAAUUUGGCAACAAGUCUUCAAGAAGUUUGCGGCGAAAUGGUGAAAUCUCAGAAAAAAAUAGUGGAAACAGCAGGGAAAGUAGCUAACGGAGUGAGAGUUCACAAGCAAAGAAAGUUUGCAGCUCUGUAGAGAAGAAGAAGAAGAAGCUGUGGAUGGACUUAUUUGUAAAAGGGUUCUUCCACUGGAAAAGUUUAUUUAAUAUGUAUGUACAACUAAUUGUAAUGAGACGAUGUUUUCAAAACUUAUUACUACUAAGCAUUUUGUGGAUUUCCCAAUUAUAUAAAAUGACUGAAGGUGUUCCCAU